AAAGCCGUGGUUUCCGGAGUCUUUUUCGCCUUUGAACACUGCCUCCUUUCAAAUUUGCCAUAUAGUCUAGUCAUUCUACUUUCAUCCCAUUCGAUUCGAGAGAUACCUACUCUCCUACACUGACUACCUUUUGUCCUCCUUUUCCACCCCACCAUGCCUCGCAUUGUCUCGGAAGCCACUUGAUCAAUCUAACACCCAUCACAUCACAGAACAACUAAUUGACAGAUCGAGCCGACUAAUACGUGCCGCUUCUAGCCACCCAUCAUGGAUGAUACUGAAGCAACCGCCGGGACGGCGCCCUCGGAGCCUCCGCAGCUGCCUUACUCUUUGCGCACAAGGAAGAAGUCGAUUGCGUUUUUCUGGAUUCUCUUCAUCAUUGAUACAAUGGCCCAACCGCUCAUCCUAUACUGGUGUCUAUGGUAUCUCACCGACCUCUCUCACAACCUCGUAUUUAGUAUUGUGACUGCCUCCUUGGGAGGUAUCUCGGUCUUCGAAUACUUCUAUCGGUUAUACAACCUCUUUCGCAAAGAUUCCCGCGCUCGACCCUUAAACGCACCAAAAGGAUGGCUAGACUUCUUCCACAUCAACUUUACUAUCGUUUGGUUGAUCCUCGCAAUUGAAUUGAUCGUAGGAACUGUACCUGCAGAGCCAUACGUGCGUCUCGUUGCAAUGGUCCUCCCAACCGUUAUGUUCUACUUUGGUGGUGUCUACCUCACCCUUGACAUCCUGCGCGCAUGUGGCGUGAAAGCACCCUUCCGAAUCUCCUCCACGCCCAAAGGCUCAACAAUGCCCACCGCCUUGUAUGUGCUCAUUGAAGAUGUGGUUGCCGUGGAUGGAGGUGGCGGUCAGAUCUAUCGAUAUGCCCUUCGGACGCGGUACCUCUCCAGCCCAUACUUCCGCCGUAUGCUGUUUCAGAUGAACUGUUUCUGGACCGGAGGAUCCAUCGUAUGCGCUGCUGCUAUCACCGCGAUCAUAUUCACCGUGGAGGAGCCGGUUGCCUAUACUCUGGGCUGGACGCUUCCAUUCGCCUGGGCUGGAGUCUGGACUCUGAUCACUAUCCCAUGGGUUCAGAGUGAUCUUCGACGCGAAAGACAAUCGUGGGGCGCGAACCACGGUGAAGGAGGCAUUGCUUAUACCGACGAUCCUAAUGCGCCAUCCGCCCGGACGCGACUCGAAAGUGUUCAUGACCGUUUGCCGAAUCUAUUCACUUGGGGCCGCGAAAAGGAAACUGCGCCAUCAAGCCCAUCCGCUCAAUCCUGAAUCAGACUUUCAGGGUUGCGAUACUCCUUGGUCUACCUGGAUGUGACCACAUUUGCUUCGACGAAUCACAAUGGUGUCCUUCCGUCCGAUAUCGACAACUCCAAGCACACUCGAGAUGAGCUUGGAAGAGGGACUAUUGAAGUUCACAUCAAACCAACAACUGCACAACUAACGUGAAGAUUACGAAAAAUGUUCAUGAUGAGAUUUACGACGGCUGCGCCGACAUGUUACUGUACAUAAAGAUACCCAAGCCUUCUUCUUUUUCCAAGCGACUUGUUGAUAGUUGCACCUUGUGUUCG